GGUCAGUAAGCAGCUGGCGCUCAUGAUCCUGUAAGAUAAUAUCGCUGCAUCCCCGCAUUCUUUCUCCCUCUCACUCGCGAUUUUGAGUCAAAUUUGAUGUCAUGGUUUUCAUCCCGUCUCGAGCCCAGCUCCAGCACCAGGUUCUCUCCGUGAGUGUCCGUUGUCAGUUUCUGGCGGCGAGGCUGAAACAUCCAAUACAGUCUCGUGCUACCAACGGCAGUGAUAACGACAAUGACUCAGAUUGGAGUGCUAUGCAGAUAACAACCCCGAUAAUUGUUGGCGUUGCACUCAUUAUCAUCUUUGCUGCAUACCUCAUGUGGUACAGAUGGUCACACCAUUUCACACACCACUUUCGCCGGGUUCGAGAUGCAUCCAUCUCGAGGUUUUCCAAGAUCUUCAUGCCUCAAUACCAUCGUCGAGUGCAGCACACUAGCAUGCCCGUUACGCUGGAUGAGUCCAUGGACACUCCGCGUCACAUACGAAGAUUUCACUCGUAUGUUCGGUCGGACUCGACUGAUUCACAAACACCACUAAGAAACUCCAUCGAAUUCUCUUUCCCGCCGACCAACGGAUAUCAUUCUGAUCCUUCUCACGGGCCGGUACCUGGGGGUUCUCGGCGACCUGAGCGGCGGUUAUGGCGAUGGUGGCGUCUUUUUGGUGUGGGUCCUCGAGAGGUCAAGCCAAAAGUACCAAGCCGUUGCUGGGUGGUAGAGGGUCCCGAUGAGAGUAGUACUGUGGGACACGAGGAUGGAUCGCUCAACAGCCAAAGCCUUGAAGCGAGACAAAGAUGGAUGAGCAGUCUUGCACCGGUGCAUGAACAAACGAGUGAUGACGAGGGUGACCCCAGUCGAGGGAUUUAUACUGGGGUAAUCCAAAUUGGUGAUCCUGAUUUCUCUACACACUCAGCAACACCAAUGAGUCCGACAUAUCACGAAGGUGUUGCAGUACCUGCACUCCCUGUAUCAGUUCCUACAUCAGCCAGAACGGCUGCACCGGAAUACAGUGCAGUCGAAGGUCCAUAUUCGACAUCUAAUUUGCGGACCAUGACAACCGCACCAACAACUUAUAUUCAACAAAGUUCCUACACCCCGGGAGCUACCCACUCUAACUCGCCUGCCCCUCCAAUGUACAGUUCUGUUUCACAUAGUAGAAAUACGUCUACGGAGAGUUUCACCUAUCCUGCCAACCCUGACCUAACGACACUCUAUCCAUGGUCGGUGCGCGCCGUGGGACGAACUCUCCCGCGUAUAUACCAGCAUGAACGACAGAUAUCGACGGAGAGCAUGCUUACGAACUCGGCCCCCAUGGUACCACAGAGCAUGUACUAAUUAAUCGCGUUCCCCGACAUCGGAGAGGAUGAAUAGACACCAGCGGACACUGUACCCUAAAAAAGAAGUUCGUGUAAUUGUUUUUGCAUUCACCACCACUCGUAGCACUAUGCCUACCCCCCUGCUUCACGUAGUUCCAUGGUGUCCUUUGGCCCGUGCCACGCCCUUCAGAACAACCUCGACUUCUUCACAUUCGUCCGCUGGCAUAUUUUUAUACUAUUUUUCUGUUGUGUCUUUGGCACGCAGGCAAGGACUCAUUCAUGUUGUAUCUUUCGUAGCCAUCUGGUGCUUAUCUUCGCUUUUAUGUUGUACCAGCGCUAUUCUGAAGCUCCAACUAAUCAAUUGUAGUGCUGUUAUCCGAGUCAUUUCUGCGGGGUCAUCUGUCACAGUAUCUGUAUGGUCAUGUCCCGAAAGGGAAUCAAAGCAGCCUCGAAGUGGACACAAAACACAUGCCCUUCCCACAAUAUUUGAAUUCAAUUAUUUGCGAGGCCG